UCAUCUGACCCCAGUGCUCUUCCCUGCCCAGGGCAGGGUUCAGACUUGAUGAUCUACUGAGGUCCCUUCUGACCCAAACAUCUAUGAAUCUAUAAUUAGCUGUGCAGUAAAAGCUGCACGUCUACACCUGCGCCCCAUUAGGUUGAAGUAAACUAAUUUACUCCAGCAGCUCGCAUGUAGAUGCUGCCUUAGCUGGCUGGGGCAUGAUGGUGCUUCAGUGUGGGGGGCUGCUUGGCCCAGCCAGCCCCCUCUGCAGCAUGUUGUUGCAGGGGGAACAUCCUUGGGCUGACAGGCUAAUCGUGGGGGCCUCCAUAGGUACAUAUACAUGUGCAGUUAGCACGACAAUAAACUCUGGCACAGUUUGCAUCAGAGGAAACUGCUCCUGGGCACAGGGUCUGCCUGUGUGCCUGGGACAGCAGCACUUUGAGCUGGGGCAGAGCAGCUCUAGACUGGCAGGGGACAGACACGGAAGUGCUCAGCCCCAGGUUCUGGGUGGCAGUGUCGGGUGGUGGAGGGGCUGGUUGAGGAGUGCUACAGAGCUGUACAGUGCAGUACAGUUGAGGAGUGCUACAGGGUGCUACAGUGCAGGGAUAGGUGGCAGGCAGCCCCCACACUUUAGCACCCUCAUGCCUCAGCCAGCUCCUGUCACCAUCUAUACAUGUGUGGUGGUACACUUAAUAACUCCACCAUAAAAUAGUACUGUCCCUGACAAUAUUAUCUUAGGCAGAGUUAACUUUCUGCGCUCUUAUACUAGCAUGCAUGUAGACAGUGACGCUUAACUGCAGAGCUAAUUAGUUAACUCCACAGUAAAGUGUACAUAUAGAUGUGCUCAGUGUGACUGAGGGUGGCUGCAUCUGCUCAAAAGUCCAGGGGAAAAGUACUUGUGACACGUAAAAAUAUCCCUAAAGGGAAAGAAAAACCAGCCUGAGUGGCAGGGAGGCUAAUAUUGACUGUGUCUAUAGUGGUCAGGCAUUUGGAUGAUAAAAAGUCGUCAUGUUGAUGGCAUUUUAAAUUAUAAUGUGAUUAAAUAGUAAAUCUGAUCUGAAAAAUAUAACAUAGGUUGCCAACUUUUCUCGGCAUACUGAAGAAACAUGGCACAUCUCCAUGAAGAAUAGAGCUUUUACUGAUUUAUGGAUGAAUGGGCUGAGAUUGGAUGAUAUGAUUAUUUCAUUUUUGUAAGUCUUAUCAUCUUCUUGUCUAUUAUUUCUACCCGGUUUUCUCUUUGUGAAUUGCCUAUUGCCUCCUUCUCUGUCUUGACUUUUUUUUUCAGUUCUUCCUGCCAUGUUUGGAUUUUACCCUCUGUUCCCAUAUGGCCCAAUCUGACUGCCCUCAAAGUUAAUGGAAAGAUUCCUGUUGGUUGCAAUAUAUUCUAAAUCAGACACUAUGUAAACUUUCUUUUCUCCUUCAAAUACAUGAUUUUACUUAGACCUUCAGUUUUGUUCUUACUCUUGUGUGUGAUCUUUAGUUAUGUUCAAUUGUAUUUGGCUAAUUCAGCUUUUCAGGUUUGGAGAGUCUGUCUUCUAACAUGGAUGUAGGGGUACCAAUGUUAUAUAUACCAUGGUGUUACUUUAACCUUAGUUAAUAUCAUAAUGACAAAGAAUUAUUCUUCUAUUGACAGCUGGUCUACGGGUCAAUUAUAAUGGUAUUUUAUUCAAUUUUCUUUUGCAUUUUCUAUUCUAACUUCCCUUAUGAUUCAAGAUCUUUAGUAGGGAAGUGGGAGGGGGCCUCAGCAUGGUUGGAUGGGUCAUGCUAAUAGCAAAGAUAACCUAGCAGUGUGAUUCAGUUUGGCUGAGGUCAGUGAUGCAAUCUGUGUCUCUGCUCCCCAUAGUUCACCAUGACCAUACAUCAGGGAAAUAAGGGGAUGAGUCUGGAAUGAAAUUUCUUACAUGAAGGGAUAAAAGAAAAGAUUCAUGGUCAAUAUUACCUCGGGGUAGAGAAACUUUGUGGAACUUCUGUCAUGCAGUCAACAGAAUGAAAGAAAGAAGGAUUGUCCAAGUGUGGAAGAUGUAAACAGGCGUUUUACUGCAAUGUGGAAUGUCAGGUACUCUUUUAAGGCAAUGCGUGUGAACAGGAGCAGGUAUAAAAACUUUGUGGACUGAUCCUAUGUUCACCGCAUAUGUAAAACUCUUCCACUGAAGUCAGUGGGAGUUUGGAGUUUUUCAAUGAUUGAAGGAUUGGGUCUGUGCAGUUCUGUAUUUCUUCUUGGUUAAGAACACACAAAAUAAAGACUGAGGGUCUGUGAAUAGGAAAUGGGUAUCUUCUUAGGACAAAGUUUGCAGAAAGAAGAUUGGCCGAUGCACAAGCUGGAAUGCUCUGCCAUGUGCAUUUUUGGGCAGAAGUGGAAUCCCUCUGAGACUGUGAGGCUAACGGCAAGGAUUCUCGCCAAACAGAAAAUCCACUCCGAAAGAACACAAUCGGAAAAACUCCUCAGUGUCAAAGAGUUUGAAUCACACCUUGAUAAACUAGACAAUGAAAAGAGAGAGCUGAUUCAGAAUGACAUUGCUGCUCUUCAUCACUUUUAUUCAAAGCACAUCGAAUACCCUGACAAUGCUGCCCUUGUAGUUCUAUUUGCACAAGUUAACUGUAAUGGCUUUACAAUCGAAGAUGAAGAACUGUCUCACCUGGGGUCAGCAGUAUUUCCUGAUGUUGCAUUGAUGAAUCACAGUUGUUGUCCAAAUGUAAUUGUAACAUAUAAAGGGACCUUGGCUGAAGUCAGGGCUGUCCAAGAGAUUGAACCUGGGGAUGAGGUUUUUACCAGUUAUAUUGAUCUGUUAUACUCCACAGAAGAUAGAAAUGACCGUUUAAGAGACUCCUAUUUCUUUACCUGUGACUGCAGGGAGUGUACUACUAAAGAAAAGGAUAAAGAAAAACUGGAGAUCCGCAAAUUGAAUGAUCCUCCAUCAGCAGAAGUUGUACAGGGCAUGAUCAGAUAUGCCAGAAACAUGAUUGAAGAAUUCAGGAGGGCCAAACAUUAUAAAUCUCCUAGUGAAUUACUGGAGGUUUGUGAGCUUAGCCUGGACAAAAUGGGCUCAGUGUUUGAAGACAGUAAUGUUUACAUGUUGCAUAUGAUGUAUCAGGCUAUGGGAGUCUGUCUCUACAUGCAAGACUGGGAAGGUGCAUUGCGCCAUGGGCAAAAAAUUAUCAAACCAUACAGCAAACACUAUCCAUUAUAUUCUCUCAAUGUUGCCUCCAUGUGGCUGAAAUUAGGGAGGCUCUACAUGGCACUAGAAAACAGAACUGCUGGAAUGAAGGCUCUAAAAAAGGCAAUUGGUAUCAUGGAAGUAGCACACGGGAAAGAUCAUCUAUACAUUUCAGAGAUCAAAAAGGAAUUAGAGGACCACUAAGCCUUUGAAUAUAUGCAAUUCUUCAACUUUUACAUAGAAGCCUUGUUACAGAAACCUGGAAGCCUUUGGGAGUGCUUUAAAAAUUGCUGUAGUGUGAAAGCAUUUCUGUAAUAUAAUUGAAUGACAAAUGUUGUGCACUUUGGGCCUUGCAUCUUGCAUUCUGAGGCUUACAUGAAAUGCAAUUCCUUACUCUUUACAUAUAUUAAUCCUUGAUAUUUUUUUAAGGUGGCCAUUGUUCCAUGCAGAGCAGACCUUUGACAGAUCAUGCGCAAAAAUGACCAAUCUUUUCUCUAUAGGUUUUAAUGUAGUAUCUUAUCAGUGUAAAAAGUUAAUUAAAUUGACAUACAACUCUUGUGGCCCUA